AUGCCUGCAGUCGAGACAAAGUUUGACCCCAAGGACAUGCAGUUCCGUCGCCUUGGACCCGCUGGGUUGAAGGUCUCGGUCCUGUCCUUGGGAGGUUGGUUGACAUACGGAGGAACGCAGAAGGGUUCCAUCGUGAAGGACUGCAUGCAAGAGGCUUGGAACCAUGGCAUCAACUUCUUCGACACUGCCGAGGUAUACGCAGCCGGUGAGUGCGAACUUGAGAUGGGCAAGGCUUUCAAGGAGCUGCAGUGGCCGCGUGACGAGGGUCUAUCCAAGAAGCACAUUGUCGAGGGCUUGAAGAGCUCCUUGAAGCGUCUUGACCACGAUUACGUCGACGUUGUUUUUGCUCAUCGCUACGACCCUGACGUUGGCAUGAAGGAGAUCGUUGAAGCUUUCACCCAGACAAUCCAGAUGAACUUGGCAUACUACUGGGGUACAUCCGAAUGGUCUGCGGAUCAGAUCCAGGAGGCAUGCGAUAUCGCCGAGAAGUACAACCUAAUCGCCCCUAUCGUGGAGCAGCCUCAGUACAACGCUUUCCACCGUGAGCGCUUCGAGAAGGAAUACGCUCCAUUGUACAAGAAGUACCAAUACGGAACGACCAUCUGGUCACCUCUGGCUUCGGGCAUGUUGACUGGCAAAUACAACGAUGGCAUUCCGUCCGACUCCCGAUUCGCGACUAACCCCGAAUUCUUCAAGAACUCAAUCGAGGCGCUGAAGAGCGACGAGGGACAGGCUAAGAUCAAGAAGGUCAAGGAACUGACUAAGAUUGCUGAGAAACUUGGAGGCACCACGACUCAACUCGCGCUUGCCUGGGCAGCUAAGAACCCGAAUGUGUCUACUGUUAUUCUUGGCGCAACGAAGCCCGAACAGGUCAAGGACAACUGUGGCGCUCUCAAGCUGCUCGAGAAGUUGACACCGGAGCUCAUGGAGGAGAUUGAGAAGAUCCUCGACAACAAGCCAAAGCUAUAG